AUCGUUUCAGCAGCCUUUCGCACGAACCCGCUAAUCAGCAGCAACCAUGGCAUCGAGACUUCGAAAGUUCGGUGUGACAGCAGCCGGUAUCGCAAUGGGUGCCGCUCUGUCCACCUAUGCCCUUCAGCACAAAGAUACGCCUCAGUAUCAGGUUCAAAUGGAGGAAAUGCAACGUGUUCGUCGUAAGCGCACCUUACCACCACGAUCAGAACAGAUCCGAGCGCUGCAGAGUGGCGAAGAGUACGAUGUGCUGAUUAUUGGCGGUGGUGCUACCGGUGCUGGCUGCGCACUGGAUGCGGUCACACGCGGUCUUAAGACGGCGUUGGUUGAGGCGGACGAUUUCGCCAGUGGUACCUCGUCACGAUCCACCAAGCUGAUUCAUGGCGGCGUACGAUACCUACAGAAAGCUAUCCUUGGUUUGGACAUCGAGCAGUAUCGGAUGGUAAAGGAAGCGCUGCACGAGCGUGCAUCAAUGCUGCGAUCGGCUCCACAUCUCACGCGACCACUGCCGAUUAUGCUACCCGUUUAUACCUGGUGGCAGAUUCCCUACUUCUGGGUCGGUAUUAAGGCGUACGAUUUCGUUGCCGGUGAUCGUAAUGUGAAAAGUUCGUACUACCUGUCACGAUCAGACGCACUGGAGCUGUUCCCAAUGUUGCGCGGAGACAAACUGUGCGGAGCGAUCGUGUACUACGAUGGGCAGCAGGAUGAUGCGCGUAUGAACCUGGCCAUCGCACUGACAGCCGCUCGUCACGGUGCCUCCAUCACGAAUCACGUUGAGGUAUUGGAGCUGCUGAAGAAGAAGGGCGACGAUGGCAAGGAUGUGCUGUGCGGUGCGAAGGUGCGCGACAACAUGAGCAAAAAGGAGUGGACGAUCAAGGCGAAGUGUGUCAUCAAUGCCACCGGUCCGUUCACGGACUCGAUCCGCAAGAUGGACAACCCGACCGUGAAGGAGAUCUGCUGCCCCAGCUCCGGUGUGCACAUUGUGCUGCCGGGUUACUACAGCCCGCAGCAGAUGGGUCUGCUCGAUCCGGACACUUCCGACGGUCGCGUUAUCUUCUUCCUGCCGUGGCUAAAUGGCACGAUCGCCGGCACCACCGAUUCGCCGUGCGACGUAACGCGCACACCGACACCGACCGAGGACGAGAUUCAGUUCAUCCUGAGCGAAAUCAAGAACUAUCUCAACAAGGACGUUGAUGUGCGCCGUGGCGAUGUGCUGUCGGCGUGGAGCGGCAUCCGACCGCUAGUGUCCGAUCCGAACAAGGAGGACACACAAUCGCUAGCCCGUAACCAUAUCGUGCACGUGAGCGAUUCGAAGCUGGUCACGAUCGCCGGUGGCAAGUGGACGACGUUCCGUGCGAUGGCGGAGCACACGAUCGAUGCCGCGAUCAAGGCGUGCAAUCUGAAGCCAGAGCGUGGCUGUGUUACCGAUGGACUGUGGAUUGAAGGAGCGCAAGGUUGGACCCCAACGAUGUACAUUCGGUUGGUACAAGAUCUUGGGCUGGAGGUGGAGGUAGCCAAGCAUUUGGCCAUCUCGUACGGUGAUCGUGCGUUUGCCGUUGCCAAGCUGGCUACCCUGACGGGCAAACGGUGGCCCAUCAUUGGCAAGAAGCUGCACCCCGAGUUCCCGUACAUUGAUGCGGAGGUUCGCUACGGUAUUCGCGAGUAUGCCUGCACGUGUGUGGACAUGAUUUCGCGCCGUCUUCGGCUGUCGUUCUUGAACGUGCAGGCUGCGAUCGAAGCUCUGCCAAUGAUUGCGGACAUUAUGGCGGAGGAGCUGAAAUGGUCGAAGGACGAGAAGGAGCGCCAGAUUAAGGCGUGCGAACACUUCCUACAAACGCAGAUGGGACACCAGGCGAACCGUACGCUGAAGGAGAAGGUACCGAUCAACCUGUCCAAGCAGGAGGUGGAUAUGUACGUGAAGCGGUUCGAGACCAUCGAUAAGGAGAAGAAGGGUUACGUGUCGAUUACGGACAUUAAGCGUGCCAUGAAGUCGUUCGGCGAUGCGGAGGUUAGUGGAGAGGAGCUGCACGACAUUCUGAAGGAGAUCGACACCAACAUGAAUGGACAGGUCGAGCUGGAGGAGUACCUACAGAUGAUGUCUGCUAUCAAAUCCGGCUUCGUGUCACACUCCCGAUUCGCAGCGGUCGCGGAGCAGGAAGAAAUCCGCAAGGAACAGGAACGUCUACGAAAGCAGAUCACCAUCGAACGCUCUGGAGCUACUAGUCAACGAAAGUCAAACUAAACCUAAGCGUACACGUGUCUUCAAAAUGCAGCCACUAAUGCAUGC